AUGCUGCGCGAGCCAGCCGCGGGCCGCAACGCCAAAGCGGCCUCGGCGCCAGGCGGCAAUACGAAUCCGUGCCGCCCAACCUUGAGAGGCUUCCGGAUACCAGAAGAUGAUGCCGGCUUCUGCGCCGCUUGCCACUACGAGUCAAAUGUGAGCCUACAGUAUCUACGACAGUGGACAAAAUCACGGUUGCCUGGCACCAUCCUUGGGAUGCAUCACCAGGCUCUAGUGCAUAGAGGCACCCUCGGUCUUGCCGGAUGCAGAGAACAGAAUACCGUAAAUGCUCUUUACGGCUCACAGGAUGACUCUUUGAACAUGCUCGUCGUCAUCGGCGCUGUCGGCAUCCCAGGACGGCUCAUGCCCGCCUUACUCGGCGAACUCCGAUAUACAGAAAGACAGGAACAGGAGAAUGAUGUAUGUCGCAGAAUGCCGUGUGCAUACUGA